AUGAGUGACCCCGUUCAUUACGGGGAGCCUGAGAAGGCGCAUGCCACUGCGAAGGCUUACGAGGUUAAGAAAGAGACCGGAGUGAUGUCUACGGUGGCCUUAUCGCAUGAUGAUGGCUGCGCGCCUCCAACCGAGGAAGAACUGCAAACCCUCCGUCGCGUCGCUGGAAGCGUUCGAUGGGCCGCAUACACCAUCGCCUUUGUCGAGCUCUGUGAACGAUUCUCCUACUAUGGAACCACUGCCGUUUUCGUCAACUUUAUCCAGCAGCCUCUCCCGCCUAACUCGAACACUGGUGCUGGUCAUGCAGGCCAGUCGGGGGCUCUAGGCAUGGGCCAGAGAGUCUCUACAGGCCUUACCACUCUCAAUGUUUUCUGGUGCUACGUAACGCCUAUUGUUGGCGCGUGGGUGGCAGAUGAGUUCUGGGGCCGCCUGAAGACGAUCCAAGUCGCCAUUGCCUUUGCCAUGGUUGGGCAUAUCGUUCUCAUCAUCGCAUCUCUUCCCCAGGUUAUUGUGCAUCCCGGUCCUGCUUUGGGCUGCUUCAUAUUCGGUUUAGUACUCUUCGGAAUGGGUGUUGGAGGUUUCAAAUCGAAUAUCGCUCCCCUAAUCGCAGAACAGCACAACGAGAUCCGAUCCUAUGUUAUGCCACUCCCAAAAACCGGAGAACGUGUCAUCGUAGAUCCGGCUCAGACGAUCACUCGCAUUUUCUUAUACUUCUACUUCAUGAUCAACGUGGGCUCCUUGCUCGGACAGAUUGUCAUGGUAUAUGCCGAAAAAUAUGUUGGGUUCUGGUUGUCGUUUGUCCUCCCCACCGUCAUGUUUGGCAUUUGCCCUCUCGUGCUUUUUAUCUGCCGCAGAAAGUAUGAGCUCACUCCUCCGACUGGCUCCGUUGUAGGCAAAGCGUUCAAGCUCUGGAGAUUCGCGCUUAAGGGUAGAUGGUCUUGGAAUCCUGUCAGAUUUAUCAAAAACUGCCGAGCGAAUGACUUCUGGGAAAGUGUGAAGCCGAGCAAUGUCCAGAGAAAGCCGGUGUGGAUGACAUUCGAUGAUAAAUGGGUGGAUGAGGUUAGCAGAGCCCUCAAGGCAUGUGCCGUUUUCCUCUGGUAUCCCCUCUAUUGGCUGGCCUAUGGGCAGAUGACCAACAACCUGACCUCUCAAGCGGCCACCAUGGAGCUUCACGGCAUGCCAAAUGAUAUUAUUAUGAACCUGAAUCCGAUCGCUCUAAUUGUCUUCAUACCAAUCAUGGACCAGUUCAUUUAUCCCGGACUCCGAAGACUAGGCAUCCAGUUCACCCCGUUGAAGAGAAUGUAUGCGGGCUAUCUUCUCGCCUCCGCAGCCAUGGUAUCUGCCGCCGUGAUACAGCACUAUAUCUAUAAGAUGGGAAAAUGCGGCCAUUAUCCAGGAGAGAGGAGCUGCAAGUCUCCUGCUCCCAUUAACGUCUGGGUGCAAGCUGUGCCAUACAUAUUGAUUGCCUUCUCGGAGAUCUUCACCUCGAUUACAGGAUACGAGUAUGCAUUCACCAAGGCACCGAAGAACAUGAAGAGCCUAGUUCAAUCUAUCUAUCUCUUCAUGCAUGCGAUUUCAUCGGCGGUCCAGCAAGGUCUGACCCCUCUCUCAACCAAUCCGCUUCUCGUCUGGAACUAUGGCUUCGUCGCUGUGCUUGCCUUCGUCGGCGGGAACCUUUUUUGGAUUACGCACCAGAAGCUGGACAAGAGGGAAGAUGAGCUCAACCGACUCGAAGCGUCUUCCUACUUGGGUCGUGGGCCACACGCUCAGAACGAGAAUACCGAUGCCGAGCGAUAG